CCUAACAAAAUCUCAGGCUAAUAAUAAACGCCCUGAGUAAUGAGUGGCGUGGGCCAGGGCAGGCAGGAGGCUGGAGCCAGCGGCACAGGAGCGUGGACUGGUGGCUAGGGGUGACUAUGACAUCCUGCCCCAGAGAGCAGCACUGGGACCCCUUGACAAAAACCUGUGUCUCCUGUGUCUCCUGCAGUCAGAGGAGCCAGCGUACCUGUCCAGACUUCUGCAAGUUCCUCGGUUGCCGCAGAGAGCAAGGCAAGUACUAUGACCACCUCUUGGGGGUCUGUGUCAACUGUGACUCCACCUGCACACAGCACCCCCAGCAAUGUGCACAAUUCUGUGAGAAAAAGGCCAGAAGCCAGGUGAACUUCCAGCCCGAGCUCAGGAGACCACAGGCCAGGGAGGUGGAAGCCAGGCCAGGCAACUCAGGAAGACACCAGGGAUCCGAGCAGGGAGGCUUGCAGGCAGUCCCAGCAUCCACAGGACUGAGGCUGAGCAGCGACCAGCUGGCCCUUGUCUAUUGUACUCUGGGGCUCUGCCUCUGCGCUAUCUUCUGCUGUUUCUUGGUGGCCUUGGCUUGCUUCCUCCGUCGAAGAGAGCGGCUUCCGAGCCAGUGUUCAGGGCCAUGUGGGCCACAGGCAAAGUCUCCCCACCGCCCAGCGAUGGAGGCUCGCAGUGAGGUGGCCUUGCCACCCCAGCCCGUUGAGACGUGUAGCUUCUGCUUCCCGGAGCGCAGCUCACCCACACAGGAGAGUAUGCGCACGCUCGGGAUUCUCGGCUUAGCGGGCACAGCAGCCCCGCAGCCUUGUGUGCGCGCAUCGGUUGGCGGCCUGGGUGUCGUGCGCGUGCCCAUCGGGGACGCUGGUCCGGGAGCCUGACAGCCAGUGAAGGAGACAAUGAAGAAGAUGGAGUGCGAGAGGAGGGGAGGAAUGGAGAGGAGACUAGGGGAAGAAGACACAGCCCGGAAGAGAGACAGCCCGGCUGCACCCACCGCAAUGAAGCAACCACCUGCAGUGCCCCCAACCCCAGCACCCCCUGCGCCACUGUGUCCCAUACUUUAGGCAGAGCAGUCAACCCGUGUGCUCCUCUUUAGUGGAGAAAGAUGGAGAAUGGCCGGCACCUGGAGCAUUGUUCUCAUAGCUGUUACAAACAAGGGUUCUUCCCUAGGGCCUUAGACAGAUAGCUGAGUGCACUUUGUAUGUGUUUGUGAAUUAAGUAAUUUGCAUGUGUAUGUGCAGAUGCUGGGUUGUGUCGUGUGCAUGUGUACAUGAAUCGUGUGUCUGUAUAAGUCACGUGUAUAUGUAUGUGUGUGAAUUUGGUGCAGGCAAGUAUGUGUGUUCACAUGUGUGUGUGGCUGAUGUGAUGUAGCCAGGAAGGUGAGGGCCUCCAGGUGAAGGCCAACCAUCUAAAAGAAUGACGAGUGUUCCCUGGACCUCACCACGAGUAUGUUCAAUUGCACUCAUUUUAAUGAGCACCUAUGCUUAUCCUUCUAGUUGCAUUUAAACCUCCAGGUGCAUGAAAAUAUCCUCAGAAGCCUUUUCCCAGCAAGCUGAAGUGUGAAAUUUCAUCCUUCCUACCCUGGUACUUGGCAGACCUACCUACCCCAAAGGCCACACAGCAGGGGCCCCUGUUCUCACUACCCACAGCCAGCGGGCUGCACAGGAAUGAGGCUGCCAUUCACAGCAGAACAGAUGGCAGCGCUAGUAACGCAAAGCAGCUGUCCACAGUUUGGAAGGCGGCAGUCAAGGUGACUACAGAAUUGGCUCAUCCUGAGGCUGCAUGUGCAGUCUGUCUUUGGCUUCUUACCCUCGUGUCAUGCUAAACUUUAUUCUCAUUCUCUCUCUCUCUCUCUCUCUCUCUCUCUCUCUCUCUCGUCAUUCUGCCUUUUAGAUUUCAUGUUGUGAUCCACCUAAUGAUUUCAUUUUGACUUCUCUGUAAAAGCUUCAUCUCCAAGAAGGGCCACAUUCGAAGCACUAAGGGUUAGGAUUUCAACAUAAUGAGUUUUCGGGGACAAAUUCAAUCCACUACAGAGGUCCUAGGAGCUCUUUGUUGACAAGCUGGCAUCCAACAAGUUCUUGUCCAAGAUGUGUCUCCGUCAAGUACUGAGCCAGCCUACAUCAUUACCAUGCCCACCAUGGUCAACCUCCUACAACAGGGUUGCUAGGAAGCCCCUGACCCCUGCUACAGACACAUGCUGUCUGUGUGCUGAGGAACACCCCAGCACAUGCUCAGAGUCAGAUGCCAAUGCUCAGCUUCUCUGGGAGAUAAACCUAUUUCUAGUCUUUAAGAUUUAUGGUUUUACAAUUCUGCUCAUCCAACCCCAAGGAGCUGUGAAUACAAGAUGUUUCUGGAACUGGGGGUGGGGAAGGAGAGGUACCAAGACACAGGGUGCUGAGAACCCAGCUUCAGCUUCAGUUAAGGACAAUAUUGAGAGUGUUUGGUCAGCUUUUCAGAGGCUCCUCUGUGUAAUUUUUUAACUUUCUCUUUGUAAAGGAAGGGCUCUUUUGCCAAUUUUAUCUGUUGUUUUGGGUCAGCGUGCAGAAUAUAGCCUGAUUUGACUUGCAUGGUCCCCUUAAACAAAUUUUUUUUAUUGGUAUAUACUAACUGAAUAAAACUGGUUUUGCUGCAGCUUUUUCA